UGGACGGGCGAGAGAUUUGCCAGCUGGUGGGGUUGAUUUAAUGCCUUCUGAACGCGAUACACACAGACAGAGUUCACGGUCUGGAUAGCGCACACAUUGUGUUAUAUGCAGUCCGUGUUUUUGAGCCAUAAAGUGCCACAAAACGAGUUGUUUUUGAAUGUGUCAGUGAACAGCAUGGUGCCACUGACUGUCAGCCUCAUAUCAACAGUGCAGGCGUGUAAAGGCUGCCGGACUCUCCUGACUGAUGGGUGUGGACAAAGACUUUUCCCAUCCGUCUGAAUGUAUGCCUACAGGAGAACCAAACUUUCUCCAAUUGCAGCCGAGACUUAAAGACAAUCAAGAUGGACCCAACCGACCAGAAGCACUUCACGGUUGUAGACUAUGUGAUAUUUGCGGUCCUGCUCGCCGCCUCUAUGGGCAUCGGGCUGUACCAUGCGCUAUCAGGCGGGCGUCAGCGCACGACCCAGGAGUUCCUGAUGGCAGACAGGAGCAUGAGCUGUCUUCCAGUUUCGCUCUCACUCAUCGCCUCAUUCCAGUCCGCUGUGGCGAUUAUAGGCGUACCGGCAGAAAUCUACACUCACGGCACUCAGUACUGGUUCAUUGGCUGUGCUUACGUUCUGGGCCUUUUCAUUCCUGCUCAUGUUUUCAUUCCGGUGUUGUACAGACUGCGGCUCUCCAGUGCUUACCAGUAUCUUGAACUGCGCUUCAGCAAAGCAGUGCGCAUCUGUGGGACUUUGACCUUCAUCUUUCAGACGGUUAUCUAUAUGGGAGUUUGUGUGUAUACUCCUGCCUUUGCACUAAAUGCAGUUACUGGAUUUGAAUUAUGGGGAGCAGUGCUGGCUACUGGACUCGUGUGCACAUUGUACACAACAAUUGGAGGUUUGAAGGCUGUGAUCUGGACAGACGUCUUUCAGACUCUUGUGAUGUUUGCGGGGCAGCUGGCUGUCAUCGUGGUGGGAGUGCAGCAGACUGGAGGAGUGUCUGAAGUCUGGAGGAAAGUCUGGGAAGGAAACCGCAUCUCUGCUCUCGACCUAAACCCAGAUCCCACGGAGAGACACACCUUCUGGACUCUGGGGGUCGGCGGGGUCUUCCUCAUGCUGUCCCUGUACGGAGUGAACCAGGCUCAGGUCCAAAGAUAUCUCAGCUCACGCACAGAGAAAGAUGCUGUCAGGUCUUGCUACAUGGUGUUUCCCUCCCUGCAGUUGGCCCUGGCUCUGAGCUGUGUGAUGGGACUGGUCAUGUUUGCACGAUACUGUGGAGAGGAUCACUCUGACAAACUGGGCACCUCUUCAAGGGAUGCAAUGGUGAUAUACUUUGUGAUGGAUAUGCUGCAAGGCCUCCCUGGACUGCCUGGACUGUUUGUUGCGUGUUUAUUCAGUGCAGCUCUCAGCACCAUCUCUUCUGCUUUUAACUCUUUGGCCACUGUGACAAUGGAAGACCUCAUCAAACCACAUUUCCCCGCCAUGACAGAGGAGAGAGCAACCCUGCUGUCCAAAGCCUUAGCUAUGUCCUACGGGCUACUGUGUCUGGCCAUGGCCUAUCUCACUCACUUAAUGGGCGAUUCCGUUCUACUGGUGGCUUUGAAAAUCUUUGGGAUGGUUGGAGGUCCGAUUCUUGGUCUGUUUUGUCUCGGGCUGUUCUUCCCGUGGGCUAACUCCACUGGAGCACUGGCAGGUCUGGGGGCGGGUCUGGCGAUGGCUUUCUGGGUCGGCAUCGGGAGCAUUGUCACUCGGAGCUCCGGCCCGAGACCACCACCGCCCGAAUGCAGAGCCAUCCUUCUAUCGGAUAACGCGACUACUGAUAUUCAGACCGUGCUCAGAAACGUCACUCUGAGCCGACCGUCUGGGCUGAAAAGAUUUUAUUCAUUGUCCUACAUGUGGUACAGCGGGUUCAGCUGCUUCACAGUCAUCCUAAUAGGCCUGAUCAUCAGCUUUCUCACUGGGCCUAUGAAAGAAGAAGAUGUGACCCCAGGCACAAUCUAUCCGUUGUUGGGGAAACUGCUUUGUUUUCUCCCUGAGCACAUCAAAAAGAAACUCUGCUGUGUGACUCCUCUGGGAGAGAUGCUUUCAGCACAACAAAGGCUGCCUCCACAAGUCAAAGAAAGGAAUGGAUUGGCAUUCCCAAAAGAGGACGGACCAUCACCGGAUGAGACAGAGAGUUUUCUUCCCGAGGCUCACACACCUUUUGUGGAGUGUGAAACAGCCGUGUAAUAUCACGGUUUCAUGUCUGACUGGAAAACGGUUAAACUGUCUUUACACAAAGCACUUGGACUAAAAAGAAAUAUCUUUAUUUCUCGUUUUGUUGCUGUAAUUAACGUGAUUCAGAUUUGCACUGUCAUGCUGCAGCAAGAUCAAAGAGUGAAAACUACAGGGCUGUGUUUUUUAUUUAAUCUACUGACAUCUUCACAUCCUCAAUAAAAGUGCAGCUGAGUCUGUUUAUAGUUUUAUAUUUUGUCACAGGUUUGAUUUGUCAGAGUAUUUGUCAGCUUCACUGAAUCACAUUCAGUUGGUUCCUUGGUUUUUUGUACGUGUAAAAGCUGCACUACACUGUUUCAUGAGAAUUACUGGAUAUUCUGUGAACUUUAGAUCAAAUAAAAUGUAUAUGCAUAUAUAUAUGUAAAUGUAUAUAAAACAUAUACUUGACUAUUGUUUAGCACUACUGCAGCUGAAUGGUCCCGUGUCAUACUAUGGGGAGAUGAUAGUGCCUCACUUUUUAUGAAUGUAUGACAGAAAAAAACUUUUUUUUCUAAGAAGGAUUAAAGAUUUUGUAGAUAAA